UUUUUGAAAAAAAACUUUCAAGUGAACGAACCGAUUCAAAAGAAUCGAGUCAUUGGGAUGAAUCAAAACCGUAGUUAACCACUACUGGCGUGGACGGGGGUGGGAUUUCUACUUUCAAACACGACAGGCAAAUGCGCUCGUAUUCUGCUGUCUUUCUACUGUGUGUUAGUGCGAGUUUUUAUGUUAGUACUCAAGGAGUAGUGUGAAGUUAACGUUAUGUUUUAGUGUUUCACCAUAAGGACAUGCGGUGCUUUAAUCCCGGCAGUGCUCGUUAUCGCUGAUUCUAAAUACCUUAAGACCUAAAGAUUGCUGGGCGAUUUCAGAUAGUUAUACAUUUGGCUGUUAUUUCACGCGUAAUUUUUUAUUUGUAAAAUACUCCGGGCCUAUCUUUGCCGUUGUGUGAUGACUCGCUGUGUUCAUCUAAUGUGGAACGGUAUUGUCAGAAUCUUUGUCCACUAGGAAGUGAGCAGGACUCUUCCGUGUUGUAGCUUAAAUCUCAGCCAAAGGACGUGUAACUGGAGUGAGAUAUGAUGGAUGAUCUGGACUCUUUGCAAGACUCCAAAGCUGAACGUAUUGCCCGCUACAAGGCAGAGAGAAGGCGGGAGUUGGCUGAAAGGUAUGCCAACUUGGAGGAAAGUUCAUCCCUAUAUACACAGAGGGAAAACAAACGGGAAACCACAGAUACCUCUGAGCUGAAGAAGACAGAUGUUUCCUCUGUACUAAGUCAGUACAAUAAAGAUAGCAGUGCUCUGAGCAGGCAAGGAGACCGGAGCAAUUCUGAGGCAAAAACAGAGGCCACACCAUUCUCUAACAUCUUCGUUGGCCACAGCGACGAGAACAACCAAGUAAAAUGUUCACGCCAACAUCACAGUCUGCUGGAAGUAGAAGAAGCCCAGAAUCCACAGGACGACAGGAAAGCAGAUGAUGACGCCAAAACCGGUAUGCCUGCCAAGACGUCUCUUUUAAAAGGGUUGGAGAACACCGACAUCUCAGCAAAUCCAAAGAAGCAAGCAGAAGACUCUACUCACAGUGCAAAUCCACAAAAAGAGCAUAUAAGUGGGAAGAGGACAGUUUCCACCAGGUAACAGUCAGCUAGUUUAAGUUGUCUAAGGUUGAAGGGUUAG